CAGGACGCGCACGGGGCGGAUCAGACCGCCUCCGUGGUCUGCAUCAUCGACUUCCGCACGGGGCAGCAGACCUACCAGUCCACUGUGGAGGUGAGCUGCCUCGCGAUCGGGUCCCUGGCGCACGACCCGACGCAGCUGCUGCUGGGGGCGCACGACGGCUCCGUGUCGGUGUGGCACCCGCCAGAGGCUGUCUCCUCUCGGAUCCGGGGCCUGCUGGACGACAGCAGGGAGCUCGGUCUGGCCGAGAGGAGGCGGCUGGGCGAGGUCCCGGGGCCCCUGCUGCCCCCGGAGCUGGAGGAGGCGGUCGCGGCGCACUGGGCGGCGCAGGCCGGGCGGCUGGACUGGCAAGGC